AUGGAGGCACCGGGGCACGGGGAUGCUUUCCCCGGCGAGAACGAAGGGGACGCGCGGGGCGGCUCUCCGGGGGGAGAGGUCCCGGGAGGGCACCGCUGUCCUCACCGCCCCGAGGGCAAGGAUGAUGGGGAAGGGGCGCCCGGGGCCAGGCUCGCCCCCAUGGGGACGCCCCCGGAGCCCCCCGGCCCCGCCGGUCCGUGGAGGCACCUCGGGGAGGAUAAGAGGGUUCGCCACCGGCGGCCCGCGGAGAGCCGGGGGUCGCCCGUGACUCACCCGGUGAGGGGGCGUCUGGCUCCCACCCGUGGGCGAGGACCCCCCCACAGCCGCCAGACGCCGAGUCACACGCGGCGGCAUCACGAUGGGGAGCUGGAAAACCUCCCUCCGUAUUGGCGCACCGGGGGGUCGGCGGGGUUUUCCAGCCCCAAAGGGACUCGCUCUCCCGCAGGUGCCACUGCCGGGCUGGCAGAGACACUCGCCCACGUCGAGAAGUACGAGACGGUGACGCCGCGAGAGGUGCCGGUGCCCCGGGGAAAGAGGGACCUCUCUGCACCUCGGAGCUCGUACCCGGACCGUGUCCUCUACAGCGUCCGUGCCGAAGGCAGGGAAUACCUCCUGUGGCUGGAGAAGAACAGAGCGCUGCUGGGGCAGCACUACACCGAGACACACUACUCUGCCGACGGCGCGGAGGUCACCGAGCGGCCGGACACGCAGGAUCACUGCUUCUACCAGGGCCAUGUGCGGGGCCACUCCGGCUCGGCAGCGAGCGUCAGCACCUGCCGCGGGCUCAGCGGGUUUUUCCGGGUGAAUGAGACCACGUUCCUGCUGGAGCCGCUGGAGGGGGCCGUGUCGGGCCGGCACGCCCUGUACCGAGCCGCUCACCUGCGGGGGAAGCGCCGCGCCUGCCGCGAGUCCGGGCACACCCUGGAGUACGACCGCGAGCCGAAAAUCCCUGCAGCCAUGAAGCUCCACCGCUGGAAGUCGGGUCCGAUACACAAAGGCCCCCGGUACGUGGAGCUGGUCCUGGUCGCGGAUAACGAGGAGUUCAGGAAGCACAAGGACCUGCGCACGGUGCAGAACCGCAUGAAGGAAAUCGUGAACCACGUGGACAAGCUCUACCAGCCCCUCCGCCUGCGGGUGGCCCUGAUUGGCUUGGAGGUGUGGAACCACAAGGACAAAAUCACGGUCAGCCCCAACCCAGAGGUGACGCUGGACAACUUCCUGCACUGGCGGGAGUCGGAGCUGCUGCGGAGGAAACCGCACGACAACGCCCAGCUGAUCACGGGCAUCGACUUCCACGGCAAGACCGUGGGGCUGGCCAAGAAGCUGGUGAUGUGCACCAGGGACUCGGGCGCUGUCAGCCAGGACCACAGCACCAACCCCAUCGGUGCUGCAUCCACCAUGGCCCACGAGAUGGGGCACAACCUGGGCAUGUCCCACGACGAGGACGUCCCCGGCUGCCACUGCCCCGUCCCCAAGGCUGACGGAGGAUGCGUCAUGGCAGGGAGCGUUGGCCUGGUUUACCCGAAGCUGUUCAGCCGCUGCAGCGAGCAGGACAUGUGGCAGUUCCUGGGGGACCCCCGGACCAGCUGCCUGCUGAACGCCCCCCGGGCAGACGAGCUGUACGGGGGGCCCGUGUGCGGGAACCAGUUUGUGGAGCGGGGAGAGCAGUGUGACUGCGGCACACCCGAGGAGUGCUCGGAUCGCUGCUGCAAUGCCUCCACGUGCCAGCUGAGAGAGGGAGCUCAGUGUGCCCAGGGGGAAUGCUGCCAGGACUGCAAGGUGAAGGCUGCAGGUGUGCUCUGCCGGGCCAGCAAGAACGACUGCGACCUGCCCGAGCGCUGCACCGGCCUCAGCGCCGAGUGCCCGGAGGACGUGUUCCAGGAGAACGGCAUCUCCUGCCAGAACGGCAACGGAUACUGCUACAACGGGGGCUGCCCCUCGCACGGCGAGCAGUGCCGGGCGCUCUGGGGUGCAGAGGCCCAGGUGGCUCCCGAUGUCUGCUUUAAGCACAACAGCGAGCAUCACCUCCACCUGCACUGCCUCACCGAGUACGGGAAGCGGCCCUGCAGCCCCAAGGAUGUGAAGUGCGGGACGCUGCUGUGCCUCAGCGACAACUCCAAGCCCAUCCUCGGCAGCGGCUACUUCUCCUUCGGCCACUACUCCUUCGGCCGCUUCAACUGCAAGGCGGUCAUCGCCGACGGCGAGGUGGCCGCCGAGCUCCGGCUGGUGCCCACCGGCGCCAAGUGCGGGGACGAGAUGGUCUGCUAUGCCGGGCGCUGCCAGAGCCUGCUGGUCUACGGCGACAAGAACUGCUCGGCCAAGUGCAACAACCACGGGGUGUGCAACCACCGGCGGGAAUGUCACUGCGACCCGGGCUGGGCAGCGCCCUACUGCGAGCAGGAGAUUUCGGGGAUAGCCCCAGGGAGCAGCAGCGUGGUCCUGGCGGCCGUGCUGGCCGUGCUGGCACUGGCCAGCGUCCUGCUGGCCGGCGGCGUGGUGCUCCUCAGAGCCAGGAGCUUCCAGAAAGGGAGCUCUGCCACGGGCCUCGCCAACCCGCUGUUCCAGGAGGGCGGCCGGGCACGGCCCCCCCGGCGGCUGCUGUCCCGCCAGGACAUCGGCCAGCCCAGCCUGCUCAGCAGCACGGUGGCCCCGCGGGCGGCCCGGGCGCUGGAGCCCCGCUCGCCCAGCCCCGUGCUGACCCUGCGGCCACCCGUGGGGACACCUCCGGCCUCUCCGGGAUGGCCCCCGCAGGCGAAGCCGAAGCCGCCCAGCAAACCUCUCCCGGUGCUGAAGGGCAGGGCGCUGUGCCACGGCCAGGGACCACCAGGACCGGCCCUCCCACCCGCACCCCCGUCGGCCUUCCAGCGGGGCGUCCCCCCAAAGGUGCCCCUGAAGCCGCCCCCAGCCCGGAGGUGACCCAGGACACCCCCUCGGCCGGCCCAGGAGGGCACAGGGGGCGGGUGGCACAGCCGGGCAGCCGCCGUCUCGCUUCCACCCUUACUUGAAUUGCUGGCCCGAGCCUCCCCCGGGGGGGCACCAGUGUUUACAGAUCCGUGUUGUGCCUUACUGGACUCCGCAGCCCCGUGGCUGUCCCAGGGAGAGCCGCCGGCCGGGGUUUCCCAAGGAAACCAGGAGCGGGACAGUGCCAGCUCCGGUUUUGAUGCCAGCCCCGCGUCGGUCCAGGCUCUCCCGCGCCCUGGGAGCCGCUGCCUUCUCUCCUGACGUCCUGAAUGUGUCCUGCUCCUCCUGCCCCUUCCCUGCUGGGGCCACGGCGAGGAGCUCCUGGAAUCCCAGGCAGGAGGAGCACUGCUCCGUGGGGACCGUGCCCUGGGAACACUGCCCUGGCCGGGGACAUCACACAGGGAGAUGUCACCAGAGGCUCUGGCAGGUCCAAGCCAGGCUUGGUUUCCCCACGGGGCUUUUAUCUCUCAAGUCAUCCCUGGAGUUACUGUUCUGAAAGGGAAUUCCCUGGGAGCCUUUUUCCUGCAGCCAUUAAUUUAUGACCCCUAUGCGACCGUUUCGAGCCACCUGCUGUGAAAACAGGCCUCCCAUUUUUGAUAUAAUUUAGGUUGAAGGCUUUUAUACCAAUAAAGACUGAAGGUAGUGGUGUCA